GUAAAAAUACUUUAUACGAAUAUGGACGAUUUUCGAAAUCUAAUUUCAUUUCUUAUCUAAACUGAGAGAUAAGUUUUAACAAACUAACAGCAAUAAUGAUGCCCAUUUAUUGCUAACAUGCAAACAUGCAAUAAUUCAAGUGCUAUCUUUUAAAUGGUGUAAAACAAACUUGAUGCACUGGUGCAGUAAGUGUUCAAGCGGACGGAUUGGGUUUUAAAAUAAUAUCUAUUUGGCGUACUCAAGGAAGGGGUUAGAAAAUGGUCCGCUGUAUUCAGACAAUGCAAACAAAAGGAAUUUGGAUUCUUAUUUUCUGUGUGUUUGCGUCUUCAGUCUACGUCGUGCUUGAAAUGGAUGUAGUUAUAUAUCCAAAACCCUUUCCAUCGUUUAGACUUUUAGGACGCAAAAUAUCAGUGACAGAAGAUGGACUCAAAAGAAAUCGAACCGAUGACAAUUCAACUUCCAGUACAGAUGGUUUAAAUAUAAACAAAGACGUUUAUUUUGGGGAAACUCCUCAUAAUGUAUCUGACAAACAGAGCCAACAUAACAUGGCUUCGAACACCACAGAAAAUAGCAACCAGAAUGCUUUUCCAUUGAAUUUUAGUGUUGCAAAUAAUGAUAGCGUACAACUCAAUAAAAGUGCCAUUAGAGUUGGUAUUUUAAUACCAUCCUCAACGAAAGGAAUUAAAAAUCCACUUCUAGAACAGUUUAGUUUAGCGAAGAUUUGCAUACCGUCUAUAUACAAAACUAUAGAAGAGGAGUAUACGUAUAUCAUAUACGUUGGAAUUGAUAAAGGUGAUUAUUUAGAAACUGUUAAAGAUGAACUGGAAACAAUGUUUGAUAAAGUUAAAGCUGUUGUGACCCGUGGUAGAACAUUUACAAGAACUAUCAAUGCAAUAGCACGAGUAGCUUAUGAAGAUGGCAUGGAUUAUUUAGUUCGUAUUAACGAUGAUAGUUCCUUUGAAACUAAGAACUGGACGUCAAUAGGAAUUUCAUCCCUACUACACUAUUCUCCGCCAAAUGUAGGUGUCGUUGGACCCACAUGCCAUGAAGGAAACCGUCGUAUAUUGACACACGAUAUGGUUCAUCGUACACAUUUAGAAAUUUUCGAUUUUUAUUAUCCUCCUUAUUUCGACAACUGGUGGGCUGACGACUGGAUCACAAAGGUUUACAAACCAGAACGAUCAGCUAAAUUAUCCGCAUGGGUUGUCAAACAUCAUUUAAAAACACACGGCAGUAGAUAUGAUGUUGACUAUAAGAAAGAAGCUCGACUUACAAAAAUUCUAACGUUUGAUAAAGAAAGAUUAAAUGAAUAUCUUUUAAAGCUAAACUAAUUAACAAUAUAUUUUUAAUUAGUUUAGCUUUAAAAGAUUAUUCUUCUUUCUACUGUACUACAUGAUUACUCGAUACCAACUGUUAAAAUAAGCUAUCAGGACUGACAGAAAUCAGUUUCUCUGCA